CCUGCACAACGCAUUCACUUUGAGAAAAACAGGACAGUGAGAAGACUGAAAGGCAACUGCAGAUCUGAUUAUGGCGAAGCAAAACAAUGAACUCCUCCAGAGAAUUACGACCCUUGAAGACAUUGAACAAAAGGAAUAUAAAGAUAUGGGAGCUGCUUUGGAAAAUGUGCAAGAAAACGUAAAAUCCCUCCAACAAUGCAUUAAUCAGGUGAAAGACUUUCAACGCCGUCACCAGCUUGUGAUGAGCCCUGAUCUGGUACAGGCAGAAGGAAUGUUCACAUCAAUAUGGCAAAGAAUCCAAAGGAUCGCUGGUUUUCAUCAAAGUCAACAUGCAGAGACACGUUCUGCUCUCCAGCAAGAGAGGGAAAGCCUGGAAUUUCUGUGGGAAAGUUCAUCCUUCCAGAACACGGCCGAGGCCACAGAGGAAAGAAACAAUUCACAAUCAACAGAAAGAAACCAGCAGCAGAACCAGAACCAGUCGAAGACAUCAAUCAUCAGCCAUUUCUUCAGCCGACAGAAAACAGCCACAAACACUGAAACACAGGAACAGAAAUCUGAUCUGAAAAUGGAAGAGGAGAAACAUUUACAAAGAAUUUACAUGAUAGAAAAAAAUCAACAAGAGCAACAUCAACACAUAAGAGAUGAUUUAAAUCAAGUUGGAAAAGAAAUGACAGAACUCCAACUCAGAAUUCAUCAUAUUGAAACCACUCAACGUUUUGAAAUAAGAAUGAAAGAGAUGGCCGGAGAACUUCAAGCCACUAGGUAAACAUUCAGUCAUUUUAGGAGGAGAUGACUAAAAAAUUAAAAUCAGACACCAAAAAAAGGAAGCUCCAACAGUAUCUUCACAAGCCCUAUGUAUCUUUUUCAAAUAAAAUCAAAUGUUGUUCCAGAAUAAAUGUAUUUACUGAACCAUUAAGCAUAUGUGUCUGAAAACAAGAAAGUGUUUUUAGUUUUUCAAGAGUUAUUU